AUGGCACAGAAUGCUGGAGUUGGGCAUGGAAUCGUAAGUUUUAUGUUAUUUACUGCAAAUGAAGGCUCAUUUUUGGGUUUCUGACGUAGUUUAUGAUAACAAAAACAAUGUUCUAGUACUAAUAUGUGUUUUUAGGAAGAUGUGUACAAAAGUGUCAUGAAUGAUGUGAUUGCACAGGUAAAGGACGCGUUCCUGGAUGAGAACAUUGAUGUCGACGUUCUUCAGCAACUGAAAAAGGUACUUUUAUAGGCGUGUUUUGUUUGCGAGGAGCUAUCACGCGUUCACCAUAUGAUUCUUAGAUUAAAAGACAGUUACAUCUUUUGAGUUCUUCUUGAUUAAGUUAGUAUCAUAUUUAAAAUUAAUGUGUGAUUGAUCAAGUCCUUUGGUUUUUCGGUUCAAAAAUACGUUGUUGUUUAAAAAAAGUUUUUUAAUUAAAUUAUGGGGAGUUUCAUAUUAUAAAUUAAGUUUUUAAAGAAUUAACAAUAUGAAACGCUCAUUUUGUACCUAUAAAUUACAGGAACUCAAUUAUUUUAUUUUUCAAUUUUAGGCAUGGGAAGAGAAGGUUCAAGAAAGCGGUGCAGUAGACCUAGAAGGUCAAAAACCAGUCCAGCCGCCUCCAAUUCGAAACAAUCAUGUUCCUAAUCAAAGACAGCCGUCUGGUUCUGGAAUGCAACAACAACAACAAGUGCAACAAAACGUUGUCACGAGUAUGCCGAACACAGCCCAAGUCCGCCCGAAUCAACACAUUCAACAGCUUCUAAAUCAACAACCACAACAAGUUCAGGUAUCGAAUGCCAAUCAGGUGCAAUUGACAAAUCAACAGAUGAUGUUGUUAAGACAGCGUCAAGGAGAGGGCUUUCAACCGGUCGUUAACAGACAGCCGGUUCCUUUCAUUGUCAAUGCGAACGGACAGUUUUUGUCUCAACCUGGUGGCAAUAUUCAACUGAUUGGAGGAGGGGGACAAGUGCCACAACAAUAUACUGUUAUGCAAAGUAAGCUUUGUUUUGUUGCUUUUUGAAGUUUAGGUAUGAAUGGAAAGUUUAAUGCUUAUUUAAGUAUAACAUAAAGGUUGUGUUACUUUAAUUAGAUAGACUAAUGCGUAGAAUAGAGGGCUCUGUGUAUCUUGUUGAUAUUGCUAAAUAAUACAACUUUAGAUGGUCGCAUAAUGAUUGUUCCUCAAAUGGGCAAUCAAAUGCCAGUGAAUUUGUCUAACGCUCAGAUUAUAAAUGCUCUCCGAGUACCACAACAACAAGGUGGUCAAGGUGGAAGUAACAACGGCAACAUUCCUCAACUAGACGGUUCUAAUGUUGUGGGUCUUCCUGAAUCUUCAAAUCAGGCUAAAGAGGUGUCAGUUCCAAAGAGGAAGGUAUCGGAUGGGAAGAAGAAGGUGGAGAAGAAGAGAAUUGUUCAAUUAGAUGGUAAUUAUGCUGGUCCAGGAAUCUCGGAUUCGUCGUCGGAGGAAGAAGACGAAGAAGAAGAUGAUCCACUGAGAAGAUAUGCUGGUUUACAAGAUGAAACUGGCGGGGAUGAGGAGGUAUGGCAAUAUUUUAUAUUUAUAGUUUAUUGGCAGGGACGUCGUUUGGGGGGGUGGCAGGGGGGUACCCCCCCCCCAGAGCCGAUCCGAAAAAAAAUUCUAGGUACCUAUACGCGGAAAAACGAAAAAAAAAUUUUUGAAAAAGGAGAUAAGCAUUUUUAUAUAGUUUGUAGUUGUUUUGAGAAGGUAUGAAGAUGAUUCAUAAGGUUUUAUUAGUCAUAAAUUGAGGCGAAUAACUUUGAUAAAGGAGUUUAUGAUUUAAUAUACACAUUUUUUAUUAAUAUAGCUAUAAAUAGACUAUUUGCAUUAUAAUUUUUUUGUUUAUUUUAUGUUUGUUACCUUAUUAUAUUACUUUACCUUCUUCAGGGUAACGAAGAAGAGCCUCUAAACUCGGAUGACGAUCAAAGUGAUGAAGAAGAUCUUAAAACUCUGUUCGACUCGGACAAUGUUGUGAUAUGCCAGUUCGAGAAGGUGCACAGAGCUCGAUCCAAGUGGAAGUUCAUCCUGAAAGAUGGCAUUAUGCAUCUGAACGGCAAAGACUACGCGUUCCAAAAGAGCACUGGCGAAGCGGAAUGGUGA